CCGAAUUAUCCCCAGCAGCCAACGGAAGUUUUUUGUUACGAUUGACGAAAAAGAGUUAAGCCAGUUAAAAGCAGCCCAAGUCGAGAAAAGUCCCGAAGUUCACGAACGGAAUAAUUUAAUUUUGGAUUUUCUGUUUUAUAGUGGAGCCCGAACUAAAGAGGCCAAUAUUAGGAAACGAAUAACUCCCCACACUUUUAGACGGAGUUUUGCCACUCUGCUUCAUAAUAACGGGGCCCAAUUAACCACUAUUCAGAA